UACUGAAUAUUGUUGUAGAAAAGUGGGGGUGUCGUUGAUCGAGGAUAAAAAUGCUUGCUCCUGAUUUUCUUGAAAAACCCCGCCUGUUGAUUCCUUUCUCUAUUCCGCGAUCGGUAGAUGGCGCGGUCUAUUGUUGAUUCGAUUCAAAAUGGCGGCCUAUAAUGGGUACUGUGGGUGAACAUUGUUUGAUUCCCCGCGAUAAAUGAGCCCGUACGACGUUAACUCGCCGCGUUGUGUGCGUGAGUACCGGGUCUAGGGUGUACCCGGAAUGUACACUUUUCUUUAGAUGAUCGAAUCAUGUGAGCGUAAUCACGGUGCCAGCCGAUCGUGUGUCGUGCGCUGGCGAAGUUUGUGUAGCCAUAUUUAUUGUGUUAUUCGGCGAGACGUUGUAUCUUGUUGUACACCGGCAAAUGUAAUCGGUGUCCAAACAUAUGGCUGUUUAAUGCUGAAGGUGAAAUCAUUGCUUCAGCAUUUGUUGUUGGUAAUAAACGUGGCGAUCUCGUUGCUUCUACUAAAGACCGAUUAUGCACCUACGAAACGUCUGAGGACCCCCUUACAUUAGGACAUGAAAAGACGUUACACUGGGUUUUCUUCGUUUCUUAAAAAACGGCGCACAUCUGUUAUUAGUUUCUUUUUAUAUAAACUGCUGUUUCUACAAUUUUCGAACGGUCCAACUCGUGCAAUACAUCGAAGAACGCUGGUUCCAUUGCUGCUCUUGGUAGCACACAUUGUGUUGUUGUGGUGCAUUAAAGAUUUUACGAAAAACAAUAGGAUGGAGGAGCCAUUGUAUCAUAUUGUCAGCCCUAAUUAUUGGAUGAAAGUUCAAAGACUAUGUAUACAGUGAAAGAGUUUUCAGUAUAGUUUUUUACAAAUACACAAAAAAUGGACGUACAAAAGUUUUGACAAGAAGUUAUGUUAUGAAUAUCACAAAGUAUAUGUGUAACAUUCAUACGCACGAAAGCCUGCUAUACGUGGACCAAGCAGGCUAGGCACUACCGUGCCAAGCUUGGGUAAUGGACCCCGUUGGUCCAUGGUAUACAUCGUAUAAUCGUCUUACCACAGGUAGUGCAACCAACACAUUUCAAUCGACGACUUCUAGCACAAGCAGUGACUUUGUAUCUCAUCACUUAGCAACGGCUGCUACACAAGUAGUUCCAUCGACAACGUCGCAGUUACUUUUGCAAGCAGCCCAUACAACAGCAACUCUGGCGGGUCAACCAUCACCAUUUAACCCAGGGGGGUUUUUGUCUCCACCCCCUGUGGGAUACGAUGUCUUCUCACCUUUGUUUCAUCAUCCUAAUCCUAAACAAGCGCAUUAUGUUACGCAACAUAGGCAAGCUCUUGCUCAAGCACAAGUAGUGUCGGUAGGAAAACAGAAUACCACGACAGAGCCUGAUAUCCCAGCGCUAAGGGAGAAUUAUAGUUCGGCGCAUCAACCAACAUUUUUCGAACAUCAAGGUGCAGCUACGUCACCCACAUCUACGUUGGCUUGGACGCAUCAGAAUAAUGCACAGUUACCGAGCCCAUUUGGUAUUUUACCGCACGAAAGCGUGGUUCCAUCGUCUCCAGGACCAUCUACCACUAAAGCAACUAGUGGAAUUUACGAAAAUACAUUUAAUUCCCAUUUUGCUACAACUCAAACUAUAAAUAAUAUCAAUUCUCAGCUGUCUACAUCAUCUGUUUCAGCUGCUGAAUUUAAAUCGUCGAGUUACCCAGAUAGUAAAAAAGCAGUAAGCGUUAGGCCUCAGUCGCCAACGGUAAACAUCAAAUCGGCGGUUUCCACGUCGCAAGCAAAUAACAAUCAAACAUUUUUUCAACAAGUACCUACUACCUUUAGUUCCGAAACAUUAACGAAUAAUUAUUCUGCUGGUAAUGGAAAUCAAACUUCGAAUGGGAAAGUACAGCCUUCCCUUCAGCAUCAACAAUCGUGCAUUGUUUCAACUCCGAAUAAUACAGCUGGCAAAGAGUAUAGAAUUCCUCAACCACCUGCUAGAUCAGUUGCAUCGACGACUAUAUUUUUAAAUACCUCUGUCAGAUCUGUGUCUUCGCAAGUUCAAGAUAAACAAUCGACGCGAAAUAGUAAUUUCGCUUCGCCGCCGAAUAAAGCAACUUCUACGUCUCAACAAAGCAUUCAAACGAAAGCACAGACAAAGAUAUAUCCAGAAUUAAGUGCACACAGCGAACAUAGGCGAAAUGAACAAACAUCUCAAGAUAAUACGCAAUCGUCCCCUAUCAGUUUUUCUAUUAUGGACUCGCGAAGUUUAAAUUACACAGCUGGAAAUAGUACAAAUUGUACAAAUACUGGUGGAAAACUCGGUAAUCAAAGAACUCCGUCGAACAAUAACUUGCAGACCCAUCCUCAGCAAUCGCAACAGCAACAAUUUCAUGUUUUAAGUCAACAGCAACAACAGCAGCAACAACAGACGUCGUAUAGGCAUUACUUAGCAGGAUCUGAUUCGGAAUAUCAUCAUCCAGGCAGAUCGAAGUCUGCAACUUCUACCGAUUCUGUUUACUCGUCCAAUAAUUCCUCUCAAAAUGGACCUGAUUGUAAUGUUGUUGUACCACGAAGACCGAGUCCGUUGCAAGCGCAUUCGCAAGCAAGUCCAUUGGGACAUGUCCCAAGUCCUGCUUAUCCCAUGUAUAACAGUCCAAUGGCUACGAUAUCGUCUCCUUCGCCGUUACAGCAACACGCAGAAAAUAAUGGAAAUCAAUGUACAAGUGGACCACCGUAUAAAGGAAAUGUACAACAGCAAGUUACACCUCCUUCACCGCUAGACGUUACCGUGCCGCGACCCGCAUCGCAAGGCCAAGUUGUAUAUUCGUCGGUUAUUACAAGAGCUUUAGGUGCUACUGAAAAUAAAACAACGUACAAUACGGAUAGUAAAAAUUACGAUAGACAACAAGACUUCUCGCAAACACCAAAACAAGUCUGCUGGGAAAACGAUAAUCGGCAAUCGAACAAUAAUAGAAAAUUUUCCGUUGCUUUAUAUACUGGUGGAAACGCUGAAAUAAAUCCUCAGACUCUGCCAGUUCAACAACAAGUACAACGAGUAAUAAAUGUUGCGGAUAGACAACAGACGUAUUUUGAAUCUAAUCAGGUAACUCUGCAAGACUUGAGUAGCUGUAGAGGAGAUCCUAUGAGUAUAGUAAAGAAUUUGCAGACGCUACAACAAGGUUCUUGUCAAGUACAACAACAAACUACUGUUUCUGUCACUCCAACCGAACAACAGAAACAAGUAGAAGAACGUCGCAAAGUAGAUACUGCCAAUAAAAAAAGGAAGAGUUUAGAAAAGGCUGGACACAGCUCUUUGAAUGAGAUAAGCGGAACAGCAACAGUGACGGAAUAUUUAAGUAGAAUACCACCACCCGCGCAUCAUAAUACAAAUCAACAACAACAAAAUGGCUACUUUGAUUUUGAAAGAUGGAAUCUACCUCCACCACCUACAAAAAUGUUUCCUGGUACGUCUGGGGCUUUCAGUUCUCAAUCAACUUUACACCAUUCAAGUAAUUUCGUUGGUACACCAGCGCAUCAACACCAGUCUCUGAUGGUUCCUCAUCACCAUGCUCCACCCCCUAUACCAUACUUUCCCGCUUUUCACAUCCCUCCAAGCCAUCACCACCCACAUGAAUUUCAGUCUUCCAUUGAAAUUACGCCUAUUGGUUUCGGUGAAAAUACAGUAAAUCAAAAUGUUAAUUAUAGUCAAGAAGUCAGAGACGAUCAGCCUAAAGUAAUUGUUCCUAAUAUUGAAGAAGAAUUAGGUUUUCUACAGCAAAAUCAGCAACCUAUUCAAACUGUGAGCGUAAUAAACAAAGACUUCAAACGGUCCAGUAAAGAUCCUAACUCAGGAUUCAUGACAAGUUAUUUAAAAUUCUUACAAGGUGAGAGGGAACCCUCGCCUCCACCUGCAGUUCGCGGUGGAAGAAAAGCAACUUGGAAUAGGUCGAAACCUUAUAUUCCUGUCGAACCUAAUAAACCAGUUGGAAGUUCUACAAAUGGGGAAACAGUAAAAACAGAAAAGCCACCACCACCUAAAGAAACACCGGCAAUUGAUUACGCAAACGAUCCCCGAUAUUUCCCAUUACCAAAAGAGAGGAAGAAAGAUAAUUUUGAUUCAAGCGACGAUGGUUUUACUAGCGAUGAUGAUUUUCUGUUUCCUCCUAAAAAACCUGACAAAAAAGUAACAAACACAAGUUCAUCUAAUACAACAGAGAUAGUGACUAUAAAACCCGAAGGAAAAUCUAAGAAGGGAAAAACAGCUAAACCUGGAGGACCAACAGAGAGAAAAAGAAGAGCAGCAAAAACAGAAGCAACGACAAUUUCGUCGUCUGGAAAAGCGUCGAAAAAGCAUGAAGAAGUGGAUCCUCUACUCUUACCUCCGAGACGAGAAACAUCUCGGAGAAAAGCGAAAGAAAAAACUUCGGUAAAACAGUUUUUAGAUCGGCAACAGGGUAUAGAUUACUUCGAUAAUGAUGAAGAACAGGGUGAUUCUGAUUCCGAUCCUGCUUGGACGCCUGCUGUAAAAUUGGUUGGAGAUGAAGAAGAAAAGAAGAAAAAACGCACGAGACCUGUUAUAAGCAAAAAGAGCAGGAAAGUCUUAGAUGAAGAUGACUACCCUCUUGCUGAUGUUUCGAAGAAGUCGAGCAGGAGGAAGCACGAAGCACAGUCGAAAACUGGAAGUGUCGCGGGAAAGGUGUCUUGUAAGAUAGAUGAAAAACUUAUAGCGUCAGUUAGCGAUGAAGAUAUCGAUAUUUCACCAUUUAAGCGCAUUGUGGAUAUUUCAGAAGAUGCGUCUGGAGAAUUUGUUGUAAUUAAGGCAGAUUUAAACGAAGAAUAUCCUCCGCUGUGGAGAAUAGAUGGCAAAACGUUACUCCAAAAAUAUGAGCCAUUUAAAUCCAAUGGGAAGACCUUAUACAGAAACAUAUCCACGUAUUCGGGUUGGGCACCGCAAAACCGCCACAUAUAUCAACAAGUUCCGGUGAAGUUUUGGCAGCAAGGCAAGACAGAAACUGUGGUAGAAUUUUUGAGAAAUGAAAUGAUCGUUGAUGAUAGCGAAAGUAUCGAUAAAUCCAUGAAGGAAACUGAAAAAUAUCAAGAUAAUUUUGAAGUAUAUAUACAAACAUUGAUUUCUCAAGCUUUGGAUUCUAAUUUCCUUACGGAAAUAUUUCAAGAACAAGAUGAUUAUUUUCUAUCAAACGUCAAAACUGUCGAUGAAGUAACGGAAGAGAGAAAACGUCGUCUUCUGUCGACAACGAAAUGGCGAACAAACGUUAUAAAUGCAAUAUCAACGUGGCCAUGUCUCAAUGUUCUCAAGGAUUUACCAUCCAUAGAGUACAAAGGAAAAUCGUGUGCUGGUUGCCAGCAGUCGAAAAUUCAUGCAAGGGUUUUAUUAUAUGGUCAACCAUAUAAUGCGACUACGUUGGAAGGUUCUCCGCCUGACCCAAGAAUACCUCAAGAAAAGGAUUUUUUAUUAUGCCGAGUAUGUCAAGCAAAGGUAGCUCUGUUCAAUAAAGUGGCUCAUCAGAAAUAUUUGAUGUUUUUGGAGUGUGCAAGAAGAGUAGCUGAUAAAAGAGUAGCAGAUCCUAAUAAAGAUACUACGAUUAUAUUAAAUGAAUUAUUAGCGGACGAACCGUGGUUAAACCAGCUAUUUAAAGAAGUUAGAGCGAUCUGGGCAGAAAUAGAUAAUUUGGAACAACAAGUAAAAGCAAAGUCGUGUUCAAAAUCUACUUCAUCCUCUUCAGUGUAUAAUGUGGGAGGAAUGGCUGAAAAUGUUUCACUAACGCAAAAAACUGAAAUUACUGCUAAAAUUUCCGAUUCACAGGUGCCUACACAAAAAACUGAAGACAAUUCCGAAACAGUGUCUUGCAAUGUGCAAAUGAGCAGUAUACCAUCUUAGUGGUGCUAUGAUAAUCAUUGGUUCUGUUUAACUCUAAAUGCCACGAGAUCGAGUUUAGUGAUAAAUCGAUUUUAUGGGUGUAAACUUAACACCAGUCUCGAGACCAAACAAUUAAAUAUUGUAUUUUGAGGAUGGUAAAUAUUUAAUUCAAGUUAAUACUACACGCUGUGACGAAUGGUGAAAUUAAAUAUAAAUGUGUAAUCAAGAAACUAUGGUUAUAGUUAUAGUGAUAGUGAUAAGGAAUAGUAUACAGCGGGGUAAGUAAGAAAAAAGAUCGCGCAUAAACGCUAUAUGUAAAAUACAUAACAAACAUAUGUAAAAUAUUCAUCCCCGCAUAAGAAUUAGACAUGAGCCCAAACUUUGCCAUUGUAAUAGCAUAAUAAUAGAGAUAUACGGAUAUUUGUGUGAAUAUAGACAUUUAGUUUUAGCAUUUGUAUCGUGAUAAUCUUAUGUAAUAUCAAGGUCUGAAGUGUUAAGAUCUGACAAAAAAUACGAAAGACAAAUGAUUUUAGGAUAAAACAUACAAAGUGAUAUGGUGUAUAGAACGCCGUGACCUUCUGUAACAUAUUUAGAUACAUCACUCUUUGCAACCACGAAGGUCUAUCCUCUGUAAAAAGCAAAAAACUGUUAUACUGUUCGUUCCUCUAAUUGUAAUUUUUGAAUUAUUGUGCAUUUUUUUACGAAAUAACUUACCUUUAACGUUUUUUUAAUGAUUUAACCAAUGUAAACGGUAUUUAUCUUCAUGUUACUUUGUAUAUAAGCAAGUCAUACAACCAUGAAAUUGAUGCGUAUAAAAUACGUUCAAGAUAUCCAGUGAUGAAUUUAAGAUUUUAUUCUUUUAACGAAAUGAUUUAUAGUAAAUGCAAUAUUUUGAAAAUAUGCAUUCUUUUAUUGUUAAAAAAAAAAAAAAACACUUUAGACAUCUUGUAGAACAUUUGUACAUAAAGGUACUUUUAAUAAGAUUAGGAAUAUUUCCUUCUGUACAACCUUUCGUUCGUGACUCAACAUAUAAUUUUAACUACACGCAUUAUUUCUUCCAUUGCAGUACCUUUUCAAUUCAAACUGUUAACUAAUUUUUGAAUUCUUCCAUCUUAAAAUAAUUCUUAACAUGCAAAUCCUGCAUUCGCAUUUUACAAAAUAUAAAUAACGUAUUAACGUAAUUUUAAAUCAUUUAUUUUAAACAAAAAAUUAUGAAGUAUGAGUGGAUGUCGCAUUAAGAAAUGUAUUUUCAUACAAAUCCUGAUAACUUCGUUGAUUCUGAUAUUUUUAAUUUUAUCGUCCAAACUUAUAAUUUUAACUAUUUGUUGGACUAUUUGAACACACAUCAGAACCUAAAGGUUGUUUAUUAUAUUUUAAUACAUUUUCAUUCUACUCGGUAAUCGCAAUAUUGAAAUGAUGUAAGUUUAAAAAGAAUUUUAUCUCGCUACGAACAUUUUUACGAAUGCUUUCUUUCCAGUAGGUAAUAAAUACCUAAUGAUAGAAUAAUUUUCACUAACAAUCAUUGUACAUUAUAUACUAUACUUCAAAUCAUAUUAAUAUUAUUAUAUUAAAAUAAUUAUUAUCAUCUUCAUUACGAUUAUUAUUAUCAUUGUUUAAGUCGUAAAUCGUUUAAGUUUUUGAUCUGUUUUUAGAUUUGUUAAGAAAAAAAGAUAUUCUCUAAAGACGAGAGUGGUGAUAUGCGUGUGUGGCGCGAAUGUAUUUUUCGAAGACGAUAUAUCAAAUUAUAUUUGUAAAUUGUAAAAAUAUAAUAAUAAGGACAGGUGACUGCUACAACAAAGCCAUAGGGCUUUAGACAUCUUUCAUAGCCUAUAAUGAAUUGAAAUUAUUGUAUUAGUGAUUAUUGUCGGAUUUACCCGAAUUGUAUAAUAAAUUAUUGGAGGAAACUAUUAACUUGAAACCUAAAAAUGCGGGCAUUUGGAUACUGACGCAGUAACAAUAAAGGAAAGUAUGCAGUUACAAAAGAUUUUUUUUAGUAUAUGUGCCAUGCAAUAUUUCAUAUCGAUAAAGAGUUGGUGCUUUUAUACAUAUAUCAAUUCAUCUUCCGAAUCUUUUAAUUAAAUUGUGAUCUUCGAUUCCAUUUUAAUCGGAAGUCCGUUAUCACUUUAUCAGUCAUUUGUUUUAAUUUGAAAUAGUAAAUGCGUCGAAAAGUUACGAGUUGAAGUAUUAUAUAUAGCACUAGCUUACAAUAAAAUCGUUAAUAUCAUAAUUCUAGAAAUUAAUAUUAUUGUUAUAUUGUAUUUACUUUGAAAACAGAAAAGCGUACAUUUAUUUGUUUAAUCAUAAACUCCUUAUUGCUUUCUUGAACAUAAUAGAGAUUGAGUAUAAAGUUUUUUACCCGCACGAAGAAGUUACAGUAUUUUUAUGAUUACGAUUUAAAAAAAAAUGAUACGAUAGAAAUAUACAUAUUAUAGUCGAAUAUUACUCGUAAUUUAUGUUUUUAUGAAUCUUUUUCAAUAAAAUUGAAAAUUUUAUGAAACUCCUUUAAUAUUACUGUUUUAUCUGUUUCGAUGUUAUUUUAACAUGUAUAGGAAUUAUAAGUCCUUCGUAAAUAUGACAAAGUGUGCGUUAGCUUAAGAUGUAACAAGGAAACAAAAUUGCUUCAUUUCUAACAAAAGAAAGACUGAAAAAUAGAGUUUGAAUUCUUGGAAUUUGUAUGAUACGAUAAUAUGAGUUUUUUUUAUUUUUUAAUACAGAUACGAUGUUAAUAACGUAAAGAUU